CGUCAGCUCAGUGAGAAGGACGGCCGGCGCUCAGAGGGACUCACCUGCCGCUCAGCUGCUGCCAUGCUCUACACCGAGUUGCUCAAGCUGUGGGACCAGUCGGUUCAGGCCGUGGACGCCAAGGACUGGCAGGGCGCCCUGGCCAAGCUGGACCAGAUCUCCGAGCCCACCUCCCGCACGCUCUUCAACGCCGCCUCGGCCCACCUGGCACUGGGACAGUUUUACGAGGCCCUGAGGGCUUUAGACCUCACCAUCGCCAAAGAUGAACGCCUUGCAGUGGGUUUCUUCCAGAGAGCGGCGGUGAUGAUGCAGAUUGACAGGUUGGAGGAGGCUCUCACAGACUGCAUCUGGGCCCAGAAGCACAUGAGAGGAAACGCAGUCAUUGACUACAAACAGCUGGGACUCAGGUUCAAACUCUACAGCUGGCAGGUGUUGUACAACGCGGCCGCCGUGUACUGCCGCAUGAACCAGUGGGACCAGGCCAACGACAUGCUGCUGACCGCCACCCAGGAGCGAGGCGGGGGAGGGGGCCGCGGGGGCAACAUCGAGGUGGCUCUGGAAAGCGUCGCGAGGAAGGAGAUCCUGGAGCCCCUGGUGGUGCCGGAAGGUGUGGUGUUUCGGCCCAGUAAGCAGCACAUGGAGCAGCUGCAGCAGAGAGACUUCCUGGGGAAAGCAAAGGUCAUCACCUCCCUCAUUCCCAACGACGACUUUGGCGGCUUCGAGCCUCUCAGGAUGCAGAAACCUGGUUUCUACGAGCCCCAGACGGACGGAGCCGGAGCCCAGGACUCUCGGUACAUGCGGGUGCGGGGCCCCUACAUGGCCCGGGGCCCCGGCCAGAUCACGGUGCCCGGCGGGGGCAUGGUGUUCCUGUUCGGGGAGGAGGACCGAGACGGGAUGGUGACGGUCAUAUACGAUGGACAGCGAGGACUCCUCCCUGUUUCCAUGCUCGAGCCUGCAGACAUGAAGACGCCCAAAAGCAAGAAGGACAAAAGAGUUCCCAGUGGGAUCCCCCUCCCUCCCGGGCUGCAGCCCCCGGCCCGUCCCCACACUCAGCACAGCCCUGCAGCUCCUCCCCGGGACACCCCCCCUCCGUCCUACAACGCCGCCACACACACCCCGCCGGCAGCCGCAGAGCCGCCCAGGUACACGGCCAACGCAGCCAGCCAGCAGCAGGAAGAUGACUCGGCUCAGGGGGCCGAGGCGGGAUCAGUGGUGGUGAAGGUGCACUACACCUACACCGUGGCCCUGUCCGUCCCGCUGGACACCACCUACCAGCAGCUCAGGGAGCAGAUCGCCCACAAACUGGGACAGCAGGCCAGCCAGAUCCGCCUCAGACGCAAGCAGCAUGGCUCCCGGGUGCUGACCCCCCUGGGCGAGGAUGCGGCGGCCGGCGGCACCGUGCAGGAGGUGUCGGAGGCGGGCCGAGCCACCCUGUGGUGCCAGACCGAGGACCCCCUGCUGAACCGGACCAUCCUCUACCAGAUGGUGGCGCUGUAUGACUACGUGGCUCAAGGGCCGGAGGACCUGGAGUUCAGCGAGGGCCAGACCAUUGACAUCCUGGGAGACGUGAACGAGGAGUGGUUGGAGGGUCACUGCGCCGGAAACAUCGGGAUCUUUCCGAGCUGCUUCGCCUACCGAGAGAACGACGACAUCAAGCCCGCAGACACCUGCAGCCUGUCCUCGCUGCAGAACGACACCGCCCUCUGAGACUGCCAGGGGCUGACCUUUAACCUCUGACCUUUAAAAACAAGGCUCCAGACCUUGACCAGAGUUAGAUUUAUGCAACUAAAUUAAAUUAAUUUAAAUAGUUGAAAUUCAGUUCAAUCCCAGUUUAGGAAAAAAUGCACUGCUAGAUUAAAUGAGAGAAUAAUGACAUUAAUUUCAUUCAAAUUAAGUCAAAUGACAUCAAAUGAAA